CUCUCUCUCUCUCUCUUACUGCGUUUCUUAUAGUCAUACAUACGUGUUCGUAAGUUACGACUAAAUUGUGUUGAAAGGUAGCUAGCUCGCUCAACGUCUCCAGUAAGUAUCUUAAUUAAGACAAUGGAGUGAGUGGCUUCACUCUUGGUAGCUUUGGCUAAAAAAGCAUACGCAAUUGCUGGGAGCUGGAAAUUAAGGUCCAGCCCUUACAAGGGAGAUUGAUUUUUUCUGUUUUAUCUGGCUUGGCUUGGUUCAGCUGAAUAUUUAAUUUGCAACCAUGGUUCUAGGACUGAGGGCCAAAACUCAUAGGAGCCCCUCAGUUCAGGCUCAUUAUCUAAUCCACAUUCACGAGAUUAAGCCUUGGCCUCCCUCUCAGUCACUCAGGACACUCAAAGCUGUUCUCAUUCAAUGGGAACAUGGCGACAGGAACAAUGCAGGUUCCACUAAUCAAGUUGUCCCAUCACUAGGAAUUGGCUCUGAUGGAAGAAUUGAAUUCAACGAGUCUUUUAGACUUCCAGUCAUACUAACAAGGGAAAUUUCCGUUAAAGGAGGAGGAGGAGGGAAUGUGGAUACCUUCCACAAAAAUUGCAUCCACUUCAGUUUAUAUGAACCACGACAUGAUAAGAUGGCAAAGGGUCAGCUGUUAGGAACUGCCACUGUAGAUCUGGCAGUUUAUGGGAUUAUAAAAGCAAGAAUGAGUAUAAGUGCCCCCAUUAACUGCAAGCGGAGCUAUAGGAACACUGCACAACCUUUCAUCUUCCUUAAAAUUCAGCCAGUUGAGAAGGUUCAGAUGAGGUCAUUGUUAAGUGAUGGCUUAAUGAGAGAAGAAGCAUCAUUGGACAGGAAUGUUACUGAAUCUGUUUCUACAUUGAUGAGUGAAGAAUAUGCAGAGGAAGCUGAGACUGCCUCUUUCACAGACGAUGAUCUCUCCUCACACUCAUCAUUGCCAUUUACUUAUUCUGCUGCUGAAUCAAACUGCAGUUCACCCCAGAAGGAGAAUGGAUCUGAGCUUGUGAAAAAUAUCCCCGCUAAAGAAGAAGAGCAAAAAAUUGAAAAUAAAGAUGAGAAGAAAGCAAGGGAUCAACCACUUGUGAGUUUGAGAAUGAGCUCAUCUUGCUCCCAGUCAAAAGAUUUGUCAUCUGAUCUAGCAUGGAUCUCAAGGAAAGUUGAAACCCACAUCACUAUUCAAUCUGCAACUCCUUAUAAGAAGAAUACUGAUCUGAAAUCCAGCCACGAAGAUCAAGCAAAGGGUUUUGAGGUUGAAGUGAUCAAUGAUGAUAAUAGGAGUCACAAACCCAGUGAACAAAGUACUAAUAUAAGCGCAUGUAGCACCUACCCAGCUGAUGAAGCCUAUUCAGCUUCACAUGUAAACAUAGAUUAUAAUACAAGCCUCUUGAACUCUGUUGGCAAUAACAUCAAUGCAGAGAUUGAUGAGAACAUGCUCACCCCCUGUGUAAAACUUACACAGGAGGCUGCAAGAACUGAUGUUGACAGUAAUGGUUUAGCUGUGGGUAGAAACAGAGAGGAUCAUCAAGGAAUUGCACAAGAACUAGUAAUAGUAAACUGGGUUAAUGAUGAAGAAGUCAUAAUAGAUGAAGGGAAAGGCUCAGAUGAUGAGCCAGUAAAUAUUUCUUUACAAGAUGAUACCAUAAAGCAAGCAUUAGAAGAAAAUAAUGCAAUUUCUUAUUGUAGAGAAAGUUUAGGAACAAAGAGUAUUGCCCCCAACAAUGAGAGAUUUAAGUAUGUGAAGUCUGUACGGUCUAUGGGAAAAUCAAAUAGAGGUAAUGGAUCUCCUGGAAGUAAUCAAUUUGUCUCACACAACACUCAGAGUGGCACUGGAGGUUUCACGGGGAAUGGUGCUAAGUUUUGUUCAAUGGAAACAACGGACAUCGUCCUAGAAAGUAAAAUCCAAAAGUUGAAGGAAAGGGUACAGAUGCUUGAAGGAGAGCUGAGAGAAGCUGCUGCUAUUGAGGUGGGUCUGUACUCUGUGGUUGCAGAGCAUGGAAGUUCCUUAAAUAAGGUCCAUGCUCCAGCUCGACGUCUAUCUAGGUUUUAUCUUCAUGCCUGUAAAGAAAAUUCCGUGUUAAGGAGAGGAAGUGCAGCUAAAAGUGCCAUCUCUGGAUUGAUUUUGGUCUCAAAAGCAUGUGGAAACGAUGUUCCCAGAUUGACAUUCUGGUUGUCAAAUUGUGUUAUGCUGAGAGCUACUUUAAGCGAAUUCUUUGAGAAGCAGCAAUUUCCUCUUUAUUCUGAAUCUAUAAUUGAAAAGACCAUGUUUGAGAUAAAAAAGAAGUCAUCUCCACCUAAGUGGCUGUUCUUUCCCAACAAGAGUCUUGGAAGCAACCUUCAUGGGAGUUAUGAAGAAUGGGAGGUCCCUCAUACAUUUAUCAGAGAGCUUGAAAAAGUUGAAGCUUGGAUCUUCUCUCGAAUAGUUGAGUCUAUUUGGUGGCAGACUUUCACUCUACAUAUGCAGCCUGGUUCUGCCAAGGCAUUAAGUAGAAGCAUGGAGUCUGAGAUAAGCAAAAUCUAUCAAAGAACUUCUAGUUCAGGUGAUGAAGAUCAAGGAAAAUUUUCUUUGGAGCUUUGGAAAAAGGCCUUCAGGGAUGCCUGUGAAAAGAUUUGUCCUGUUCGAGCUAGAGGGAAUGAGUGUGGAUGUCUGCAUCUUCUUUCUAAACUGAUCAUGGAGCAAUGUGUGGCUAGGUUGGAUGUGGCUAUGUUCAAUGCUAUACUUAGAGAGUCUGCUGAUGAGAUCCCAGCAGAUCCUGUAUCUGACCCUAUUAGUGAUGCUAGGGUUUUGCCAAUUUCCACUGGAAAAGCUAGCUUUGGGGCUGGUGCACAAAUGAAAAAUGUGAUUGGGAAUUGGUUGAGAUGGCUGACUGAUCUAUUUGAUAUUGAUGAUGGUUGCUUACCUGAGGAUGAGAAUAAUGUUGAAGAUAUUAAUGACAGAAGAGAAAACGGUGCAUCCUUUAAGCCUUUCCAUCUUCUCAAUGCAUUGAGUGACCUCAUGAUGCUUCCAAAGGAUAUGCUACUAAGUAGUGCAAUCAGAAAAGAGGUGUGCCCUAUGUUUGGUCCUCCAUUGAUAAGAAGGGUUCUUGAUGCUUUUGUCCCUGAUGAAUUCUGCCCAGACCCAAUACCUGAUGUUGUCCUUGAAGACCUCACUUCAGAGGAUCACUUUGAGGUAGAGGAAGAAACUGUGAUGAACUUACCUUACCCAGCUGCUCCAAUACAAUAUGUGCCACCUUCAGCAGCUUCGGUUACUGAUUUCUUUGAUGGUGUCAGUGGUUUGAGAAGUAUUCAAUCUUCACUGCUCAAUAAAUCUUGUAUGAGUGACGAUGAAUUAGAUGAAUUGGACUCACCUUUGAGUUUCAUCUUAACUGGUUGCACGAACGAAACAGUGUCUUUGGCAAACCCCAGUUCGAUAUCAAGAGGAAGUGCGAAUCGUAAUGCUGUCAGGUAUCAACUCCUUCGGGAGGUAUGGACAAGUGCUGAGUAAUAAGCAAAUGGAUUAUAGCCAUUUGAUUUGCAUCUUUCACUCUAGUGGUAGAAGGUGCCACUACAUAAGUAGAGGAAUUAACCAUAGGCUUUCUCCAAAUGUAGUUAGAUUUUAAUGUAGUAAGGCUUCUCUUUCUUUAGUUAAUAAAAGCAAUUUGCAUGUUGUGUGGAAAGUGAGAAGCAUGGCAUAAUGUAAAGUUAACUAUGACAGUCCUCUACGUAUAUAAUAUUGUCCUGUAAAAUUAACUAAAUGGUUCCUCCUAUCUUUUUAUGCAAAA